CUCGUCUGCCUAUAAAAAGCGUGACCGACUAUGCGUUUGUCCAGCAUGAUCCCAGAUAGCUUUCCCCCCAUAUUCAACUUCCUCUCUUAGAGCAUACGUCUGAACCAUGGCUUCAACAACCCACGAAAUUGUUCCGAGCCCGGACAUUUACGGCCCUGGUACCUUCGUCGACAAAGACUUCCUUGCCGUGCCCGAUGAUGCGCAACGCGUGUUCGAGUUUCUCGCCAAGACUACUCCAGGCUUUACUAAGGACCCUCAAAUAUGGAAGUCUGUGAAAUUUGACGGACACGCGGAGCCCAUGAUCCCUGGGCCUUUGAAGGCUCCCGUCGUUGCCGCCGCUCUCCAUGCCAUGUGCGGUGUUGUCGGCAAUGAAUUGUUGGAAGCAAGAGAUGGGGCCAAGAACCGCACAGUGUCAAUCAAUACGGACCAGGCCGCACUUUGGCUGGGGUCUGUUCUUACUGUCAACGUCAAUGGUUUUGACCUUACGGCGUUUGCUCGCAUGGGCGACACAUCCAAGUUUUUCCCACACGACUUUGAAAAGGGUGUUUUUGACACCCCAAUGAGAUUGCGGACAACAGCCAUUUAUCCUACCAAAACACCUGGGGUUUGCUAUCAGUUGCACGGGUCGCUACAUGCCGAACCCGUUCUCCGAGCGAUUGGUGUGGAUCCCGCUACGAAGUGCGCCACCCCGGAUGACGCCUACCGUGUCAUCCGCGAACAUGUCGUGAAGUACACCGCGGACGAGCUCGAGAUGAUCAUGCUGAAAAAUGGCUUUUGCGGUAGUAUUUGCUAUACCCCUGACGGGUGGAGGCAAACAUUUAUGGGAAAGCGAUUGGAGAGCCACCCCCUUGUGAACUAUGCUCGCCAAAUCCAGGCAGUUCCCACUCCGCCAGUGCCGAUGCCCGUUCUGGCAGACAAACGCCCAUUGGCUGGAAUCAAAGUGGUUGAGAUGGUACGCAUUAUCGCUGGCCCAGUAAUCGGAACUACCCUGGCCGCAUUUGGUGCAGACGUCAUUCGAAUCAAUUGCAGCGGCUUGCCUGACAUCAAUGCCUUGCAACUCACCUUGAACGCAGGAGUGCGAACUAUCGAUCUGGAUAUCAACAAGGAUGACGACUUGGCUCGACUGCGUGAGCUCAUUCAAGAUGCUGAUGUUUUCCUACAAGGUUUCCGUCCUGGAUCUGUUGCCAGGAAGGGUCUCGGCCUGAACAGUGUUCUAGAGAUGGCGGGAAAGCGAGGUAAGGGCAUUGUUUAUGUCGAAGAGAACGCAUACGGUCCCGAUGGGCCGUUUUAUGAACGACCAGGAUGGCAGCAGAUUGGAGAUGCAGCAUCUGGAAGCUCAUAUGUUACUGGACGAUCGCUUGGUUACACUGAUGGCACCAGUGUUCUCCCACCUCUGCCUAUCUCAGAUAUGACUACUGGCCUGGUCGGAGCUCUAGGGGCAUUGAUGGCUCUGCGUGAUCGUGCUAUCCAUGGAGGCUCUUAUCAUGUGCUGAGCUCCCUCGUCGCCGCUGAUACAAUCUCUUUGCAUCCGGAGAUUGGCUUGUAUUCGCCGGAUGUGGUGCGAAAGAAUGCAGAAACUUUCCAGUGGGGUGUAAUGAAGCCGUCGCAGUAUGUCACCGAGUUGCUCAUGGUCGUGCUUAAUGGUUGGAAAAAGGUUUACCCCGAGUAUCUUGCGGAGAACUCGCCGCUGAUGACAAAGUUCCAAAAUUCCUAUUGGGGCCCUAUGCAGCUGCUGAGUCCUGUUGUGAGGCUGGAUGAUGAUGCAGCCACUCCUCAUUGGACUUCGCCUCCCGUUCCUCACUGCCAUUUUGAUUGCAGCAUUUCAUGGUUGUGAUAUGAUGGCCAGGGACCCAGAUCUCGACUCAUCUUUGGGACAUAGUGUAUCGGUAUACCUUAAUCAGUUGUUCCUGUUACCAGUUCUCACUCCGCAUGGAUUCAAGUCAGCGUCAUCUCCAUUCAAUAUGUGAUUUGAAUUUCUUCCAUAGUAGUGCCACUCAGUCAAUAGGCUAGGCUGGGGAUUGAUCAAUUGUCGUUUACUAUUGGUAUGCGAUUCUUUUCAUUAGACUGGUUCAUCUGCGGAGGGUUGGACCAAUGGAAAUUACAUAGUAUUGCAGCGAUAGAUCAUGAACUUUUUU